AACUCAUACUUCAUAUAUCGCCCGUCGAUCUCAUUGAAUGGCCUGAAUAUCGUUGGUAUCGCCGGAUAUUGGAGUGCUUUAAAGCCGUCCCAAACAGACGUAUUGAUUGACGAUAGUUUCCCGCUGUGGGCUAUUUUGCUGGUUAUUUCGUUUGCCAUCUCAAUUGUAAUCUACUUGACGUCGGUUCACGACUCGCCACCCGUACUUAAUAUCGGACCUUUCGAUGGCAAGGCAUGGAUACCCCGACUUACUGAUUGGGUUUACCGUAUACUAUACUAUUGGUUGAUGAGACAGAGGAUGAUGGGAUCGAGUUGGUGUACAACCGAAUGGUGACCCUAUUAUACACGACAAUAUCAAUCAGUUUGAUAUCAUCUUUAAGUCUAUUUAUAAUAAAUAGAUUUCAAUCGAAAAAAUUUCACGGAAUUUAUUUAAUAUGUAUUUAUUUAGUAUAUGUUGUCUUUGCUAUACUCAUUGAAUCUGAUAUUUUGUAAAUAAUUAUAUUUCAUGUAUUUUUCAAUACAAUUUAAUUAAUCG